ACAAUUAACCAAGGGGACAAUGAGGGUCACUAUGCUCUUCAUGUUGCUUGUGAAAGCGGUUAUGUCAUUUAACAAAUUGUUCAACCAGUGGUCAGAUACAUCAGAAUACCUUCACAACAAAUGCCAAAAUGUUCUUCACAUUGCGGCCAAGAACGGUAAAGACUAUAUGGUGAGGCACAUAGUUAAAGAUAAAAAAUUUGGGUCUCAACUUGUAAAUGCCAAAGACUUUGAGGGAAAUACACCCUUGCACUUGGCAGCCAUGCAUGGUCAUUCUUUAGUUGUGGGUACUCUGCUAUUGACUGGGAAAUGUGACUCCCAAAUUUUGAAUCAAGAAGGCUUCACAGCCUAUGAAGUUGCUAAGCAGCGAGCUGGAGACCCAAUGGAUCUAGAACACAAAUGGGGCAACGAAAUAUACAGAGCAAUAAGCAGGGCAAUCUGCAAACCAAUGAGCAACAAAUGUGCAGCGUGAAGAUGUCUCUUCAAAGAAUACAAAACGACCAGAUUCAACUGACUCGGAACAUUUAUUCCUCCUUUUGAAAGAGAUGAAGCAGAAGCUCCACUGCACGGAUGUAUUUCAUUGUGGUGGAAAGUAGAAGCUUCACUUUCUAGAGGUUUGAUUUUGCAGUUUUAGAGUUCUUAUGAGAUGUUGUGAUUUUUCUUUCUAUAACAUGGGUGUUCAAACCUUGGUUCCAUUAAUCUCAUAGGAUGUAGUUAUGCUUGGAGUACUGUUCUAUGAUGGUGUGUUAGUUUUUUGCUAUAAAAUGUGCUUAAUUGU